AUGAGUAUUGACAGCUGCCCAUAUUUGAAUACCUCUACAAUACUGGACCCUAUUCAGUUGGUGAUCUAUAUUCCCACAUUCAUCCUGGGCUUUACGCUGAACUCAUUCGCUUUGUGGAUCUUCUGUUGUUCCAUGAAAAAAUGCACAGAAGCUUCAAUAUACUUGGUGAAUCUGGCAAUCCUGGAUUUUUUUCUUGUUAUGUCUUUACCCAUAAAAAUACAUUUCUCCCAAGAUAAAAUCAAGGUGAGCAGUCAUCUGUGUGGCUUUCUACAAUCCCUCUACUUUACGAAUAUGUAUGGCAGCAUCUACACAAUUAUGUUCAUCAGCUUGGACAGAUACAUAGCCAUUUUGCAUCCUUUCUGGACCAGGGUUUUGCGCUCACCCAAAAAGACCAUAAUAAUAUGUGUCACUAUAUGGGUCUUUGUGUGGAGUGUUUCCUUAUUCACAUUUUUUAACAAACAAAAAUCAGAAAAUGGUAAAUGUUUUCAUAACAUGUCUGACAACAUUUGGAGUCCUAACUUAAUAAUACCUCUGGAAAUGUUUGGAUUUGUGAUUCCUAUGACCAUCAUAUUAUAUUGUUCUAUUCAGAUCAUCAGGACACUACGGGUUCCCAUAUCUUCCUCAGUAGAGUCUGAAGAGUCCAAGGCUGUUAUUGUACGAAUAAUCAUCUGUAAUCUGGUGGUGUUCGUGAUUUGUUUUGGUUUUACUCAUAUUGGCAUCUUCUUGCAGUUUCUGGCUCGAAGACAGAUCAUUUCAGACUGCACAGUGAGAAAACACAUCAGCAUAUUUCUGCAGGUGGCACUCUGUAUAUCUAACAUUAACUGCUGCCUUGAUGCCCUUUGCUACUAUUUUUCAGUGAAAGAAUUCCGUGCCAAACUUAAGUAUAAGCCAAGUGUGACACAGGUGGAAAAUGUGAAUACUUAUGUCUGA